GCAUAACUCUAAGGAAAAUACAAUACAUUGAAGGUUUUGGAAUAAUGGAAAAUGAAACUUCAGUAUCCGCAUUGCUGUCGGCGUACUAUGACAUUGGAGCUCCCAAUGAAGAAACGGCAACAUCUAGCCAAAAUAGUGCUAACAAUGCUGCUAAAGGCAUAGUGGAAGAGGAUUUUCUAAGUGAUGCUGCAUUUGGAAAUGCAGAUUGUAAUAUUGACACUUGUCUUAACUCAGCGCUGAAGAAAUAUUCCCUUAACGAACUGAAUGGACUUCUAAGAAGGUUGGAGCGAGAAGUCAGACAAUAUACAGCUGGUAAACAAAUACUAAUAUAUGAUAACUACGAGUGCCUGUUUACAGCACUAGACACCGUUCACGAAAUAAACUGCGAUUUGAAUGUCGUUCAAAAACGGUUGCAGGCUUUAAAAUCAUCGCAAAUCAAGGCAUCUACAAUUGAUGUGUCAUCUAAAUAUGGAUUUCGCCAGAAGCUACGUGGAAUUACAGAGAUCAAUCGUAUCUUGAACAUAUUCAAAGCAUUAUCAUGCAUUGUCACAUCUCUCAAGCAUGAAUCGCAACCACCUUUGGACAAAGAUAUUAUGCAGUAUUUAACAGUAAAGACUGAAACAAUCGCAAAGGUAUAUAGUAUACUUAAAGCUAUUACUUCGCGUGUGGGUAGCAAAAUAUCCAGGUUAAAUCUUUUCAACACCAUCGGUAAAGUUAAUGUACGUCUCAUAAUCCAAGUUGUAGAAGAAACAUAUAAAGCCGUCAAAAGGGAGUGCUUUACUAACGAUUCACUUUUGAAAAUAUGCAAUAAUCUAGCAACUGUCGGUUUAAACAUUACGCAAGUAUGGGAAUUAUAUUGGUCAAACAAAUCCUUUUCUACAAGCAAACAUAUUACUAGUCUCUAUAGUAAGGCAAUCGAUGCUAAUGCGAGCAUACAUAGUCUUUCUAGCGAGCUUGAAAUAUGUCUUGAUCAUAUAUUGGAGGCUGUAAAUUCAGACGGAUAUCAUUUACUGGCCAAACACAAGGAAGACUAUGAUGGAGUCAUAGCAAACGUGGACAUUGCUACAUACCAACCCCCAAGCAUAACUUGUCUAUUUUGUUGUGAUGAUGGAUGUGAUUUGACAAUCGUAGGAGAUAUACCCAUGUGGACUGAUUCGAGUACGAAGGAUACAGAAGCACAUAAAUCAAUCGGUCAUGUGGAUUCGAAUUUCUACAUAAAAACCACCAGUGAAAUGGAUUGUAGUUGUCAAAAAGGUCAUAUAUCGCAACAAUACGUUACCAUAUAUGUCCAAUUGGCGUUCGCAGCUUUUAAAGGUCGCAUUAUAGGCAAAAAUGCGAAACUAUCCUGCAAAGAAGUUGUCUAUCUACUUAACAACGCAUUAGAAAUGGUGAAAGGAAUUCCACAAGACAACGAAUGCUUAAUAAGGGUAAAGAAUAUAAGUUUUGGAUGGAUUUUAUCAAUAGUGCUCCUCUAUGUGCAGAAAUCAUUUCAUCCUAUGUACGAUGCAUUGGCAUCUACGUUGAUGUAUAACGCAGAGAAGUUGAAACAGAAAGGUGCUUUUUCAGAGAUACAUUGCAUGGUAGAAGAUCUGUUAAAAGAUGAAUUGACUUAUCUUAUAAGGUUUGUGGACGACCUGGAGAAUGUUAUGCAAACUGAGCUAAAACCAUUUUUUAUGUCACAUGUUGCAUACUGCAUUUUAUGUCUUAAAAAGGUAUUUAGCAUAGGGGCUAAUGUUUUAAUAUCGCUUUACGAGGAACACAACGAUUGUGAUGGAUGCAUGGACUCGAUUCUACAGAUGUUGGCUCUUCGAUCCCAUACUGAAUUUUCCCGAGAUAAUUUCAUUAACAACCAUAAUCCAAAAUCAAACCGUGAUGUGCAAACAAAUGAAAAUGAUGCGUUUAAUCUUGUUGGUGGUCCAGAUGAUGAUGCCGAUUUUGAUUCUAUUAGAAAGUCUAUUUCACUGGAGUAUUAUUUGAUGAAGGUCCUGAAAGCCAAAUUGGCCAAUCUACUAACUAGAGGAAACAGUUUACGGAAUCAGUUAACGUUGAUCGUGUCUAUAGUUUUGGGUUUUAACACUACAUUCGAUCGCAUAACAACCGUGGUAGAAAGUCGGCUUGGCUCAUCUGUCAGCAGCGUUAUUAAAAGUGGGAACGUUGUGUCAAAAGUUUCCCUUCCUUCGGAAUUCUACUUCUCGUUCAAAUUGGAAAUUGAAAAAAGUUCAUAUUUGGGGAAUUUGAUGGAUGGAUUUGAAGAGACACCCUAUGUUGACGCAUUGUUGAAAGAGGCAUCGGUUCACCUCAGCGCUAUCUCCCAUGAGAUAUACAAAUUUAACAAACUUCAAACCACUAAGGGUUUAUUUCCUUUAAUAUUUAAAGAUGGAGAUGCUCUGGCAAAGAAAUGUAAACUUAUUUCCACAAACACUUCAGUUUCUUUUUCGACGCCACAGAGUGUCUUGAGGAUACUUGUAUACGUCAUGAAAUCAUGCAUUAAGGAUGCCAAUAUGUUGGUUAGUUGCGCAAUGGAUGUUCUUGAAACGAGGUCGAGUGUGGACGAUGGCAUUCUUAACUCAUUUAUGGGUUUGUUAUAUGAGUUGAUUGAGUUCCUUAAUGUUGUAGCUGAUCCAGCACUUAGCACCGAGACUUCAUAUUCUCAUGUGGCUGAGGUCAAUCGAAAAUUGAAGAACAUUGUUGUGAAAAAUGAUAUAGGUGUACUCUGUAUACUUAAUGAUUUGAGUUUCGUCCCAACAAAGGAUAUUUGCCUGAAAAUGUUCGCUAUUCAUAUCGCUCAAAACAUUUCUAAAGUGCGAAAAAUGCACGUACUUAAUACAGAAAUCUUUAAGCAAUUUGUUUCACGCAUUGAAAAGCAGCUGCUAAUGGGCUUUAAAAACAGUGGAGAUGCAAAACAAAUGAGACAUGCUUUUGAUCAAAUCAUUGGUACUGCUGUGUUAUAAUUAUGUCAUAUAACAUCGGAAUUGAUGUGCAUUAUCAGUUACAAGACAUACACCAUAUUUUUUGUAAAAUAGUUCUCUUACGAAUGAACGUUGAUACACCGUAAUAUACAACUACAUUGGA